GAUAACUAAAAGUUAAAGAAAGUGUUCUUUAUCUUUGUUGUUGUGUGUGUCUAUGGCAAAGAAACCUGUCAAAUAUUCAGUGGUGAAUGCAUUCACUGAUUCAGCAUUCAAAGGGAACCCUGCAGCUGUGUGUUUCUUAGAAGAAGAGAAGGAACAAAAGUGGUUGCAAUCUGUGGCUGCUGAGUUCAAUGUCCCUGUCACAUGUUACUUAACAAGAAUUUUUUCACAUUCCAACGGAACCUUUCAUCACUUUCCUCGUUUUAAUCUCAGAUGGUUCACUCAUGUUACUGAGGUUAAUAUUUGUGCCCAUGCAACAUUAGCAGCAGCACACACACUAUUUUCAUCUGGUUUGGUUGAUUGCAAUAAUGUCAUUGAAUUUGUUACACACUCUGGAAUAUUAAGUGCCAAAAGGAUCCAAGCCACGUUGCAAAAUAGUUCAAAGAAAGACAAUGGAUUUUUUAUUGAAUUGGAUUUUCCUGCUUACCCUAUUACAGAGCCAAACCUUGACGAGACUUCACAGAUUUAUGAAGCAUUGAAUUAUUGUGCCUCCAUAAUUGAUAUAAAGAGGACACAAAUUACUGAUGACUUACUUGUUGUAGUGUCAUCAGGAGAAGCUGUAAGAAAAGUUGAACCGAAAUUCGAUGCAAUAUCCAAAAUUCCUGGAAGGGGAGUAAUUGUUUCAGGGAUAGCUCCUCCAAGUUCCGGAUUCGAUUUUUACAGUCGAUUUUUCUGUCCGAAAGAUGGAGUCAAUGAGGAUCCUGUAUGUGGAACUGCACAUUGUGGGUUGGCAUCAUAUUGGAGCAAGAAGCUAGGCAAGUGUGAUUUCAAUGCUUAUCAGGCAUCAGAAAGAGGAGGAAUUCUCAACAUUCAUAUUGAUGCCAAGAAUCAAAGAGUGCUUUUGCGUGGAAAAGCUGUCACUGUUAUGGAAGGCUGUCUUCUUGUCUAG